UUUGACAGCAAACGGUACUGGUAAGUGGUAAAUCGAAACCCUAGUUCUCAGUUUUCACUCUCAGACUCUCUGUUCUCGUUUCUCCAUUCUCGUGUCUCCCCGUCUCUCGAUUCUCUCCUCGAAGCCAAUUUCUCUGAUUGCUCUUACGGUCUACUCCAAUUCCUGCAGAGGCUAAAGAGAUGCGCUAAGAGUGAUGGCCGGACGAGAUGGACAACCUGUGAAACAACUUGAGGAAUGCUCUGUUUCCAAUGCACUUGGGACAUGGGUUUUUUCAGUAGCUGGUGCUUUGCUUGCAAUACCUGUGGGGAUAAAGCGGAAAUCUUUGGCGCCCCUUGUAUUCUUCGGGACAACUGGAACCAUGCUUGAUAUAAUUAUGGGAAUCAGUGCCUGUGAAAGAGAACACGCAGAACGCCAGAAGCUUUUGGAAGCACAAAAUUCUGCUGCCGCAGCUGAUGCAUUGCCCAAUAUUGGAGCCGAAUCGUGAUACGCACGCAAAUCACUUCUUUUGUUGGAUUGCUUUUGAUUAUGUGGCUGUCAAAUUCUGGCAUUUAGUCCACAUCUUUCUGUUAAACGUUUCAGUUGCAAGUCCAUGUAUAUUGUGCCUUCAUAUUUUGGUUGGCCAAAAGAAGUCUAAUAAAUCAUCAUUACAUUUAUGAAACCAACAAGUGGAAUACCAUCUUGAAGUAAAUUGUUCAUUACAAUUGUGGUAAAUACUCAAUACAGCUGUGGGUAAUGUUCAUUGCUUUUGAAUUAAGUUCCAUAAAUAAAUGUCAAUGUUCAUGUA